CUGGCCGUGCAAAACCCCGACCUGCACAACGCGGAGCUCAGCAAGAUGCUCGGCAAGUCCUGGAAGGCUCUGAGCCUCUCGCAGAAGCGACCCUACGUGGAGGAGGCCGAGCGGCUGCGGGUGAAGCACAUGCAAGAUUAUCCCAACUACAAAUACCGGCCCCGGCGGAAGAAGCAGGUCAAGCGGAUCUGCAAGCGGGUGGACCCCGGGUUUUUGCUGGGCAGCCUGACGCGGGACCAAAACGUGGUGCCGGAGAAGCAGACCUGCAGCCGGGCCAGUGGGGAGAGANNNNUCCGGGGAUACCGGGAGGCCCCGGGCAGCGGCAGCAGCACCAGCGUGGACACCUACCCCUACGGGCUGCCCACCCCCCCGGAGAUGUCUCCGCUGGACGCCAUAGACCGCGAGCAGAGCUUCUUCUCCUCACCCUGCCCCGACGAGCAUCACCGUUCCCACCUUGCUGGAGCCACCUACUCCCCGGAGUACGCGGGCAGCUCCCUUCCGUGCAACCACCACCCUCUCAGCCCCAUGCCGCAGCCCACCACCUGCAUGAUCCCCCCAGCCUCCAGCUGCCCUCCCCUUCCUCCUCCUCCUCCUCCCAGCUACUACACGCCUGCCUUCCCCUCCCUGCACCCCCCCAGCCUCCAUGCCCACCUGGGCCAGCUCUCCCCGCCGCCUGACCACCAUGGCUUUGACACCUUGGACCAGCUGAGCCAAGCUGAGCUCCUGGGGGAGAUGGACCGCAAUGAGUUUGACCAGUAUCUCAACAACCCCAGCCACGGCGACCACCACGGCGGGGUCUUGGUCAAUGGACAUGUCCCGGCGGCUGGUGGCUCCCACACCUCCGAGACCAGCCUCAUCUCUGUCCUUGCCGAUGCCACGGCCACCUACUACAAUAACUACAGCGUCUCCUAGACCUCCGGCCAGAGCCGCCUGGACCAGCCGAGGAAAGACCCGACACAGUAUUACGAGGCAUUGCUCCCCGGGGACAUCGCUCGCCUCCCCUCGGGGUGACCGAGUCCGAACCGUGAGGGUAGUGGAGUCUCCUCAGUGGCGUAGGUAAAGGAUUUCAGUCGUUGGCUCGCCACCGGUGCAAAGCCUCGGGUGCCCUGCUCCAAACGGGGCCGGGGUGGAUUUCCCAAUGCCAAAGCCCUUUGGCCAAGUCCCUCUUCCAAAGCAGAGAUGCCCCUGGGAGCGCGGGAAGGCUGCCCUCCAUUUCGGGGUGCCCCCAGCUCUGCUUUGGAGUCGGGAGGACGGCAGCAUCUUGCAAACAGCAGGUCUGAAGUCCUGGCAGGGCCAAAACCCCCUGGAAGGGGCAGGGAUGGGGGGAAAUGGGAAGAUUUUGGUAAAGGGGUGCACGGUCUACAAGCCGCUCUCGGCUCCUGGUAUCAGCAUUGCUGCAGCCGUCCUGACCUGCCUCACCGCACUGGCAGGGGUUAAACCUGCCUCGUCCCCCAGACCACGAGUUGGGGGCUUCAUCCCCAGAGGGGACGGGACACCAGGGAUGCUGCCGGGGUGGCCCCGGGGAUGCGCGGGGGGCUGCAGGGGGGCAGCCAGCCCCGAGGGCGCUCAGCCUGUGUGUUCUGGAGGAGGGUAAGAUCGGGACUUAGAAAGGCGGGAUCCGGCCGGCAUCCAUCCCCCCCCCACCACGGCUUCCCCUUGGUCUCCCACCAAAAACGCUCCCAAAGCGGGGGCGGCGUGAGCUGCCCUCCCUGCCGGGCUGGGAACGUGUCCCGGGAUGAGCACUUGGGCAAAGAGGUGAUGAUGUAGCAGACACGUUUUUUAUCAAACAUCCUUUGAAGGCGAAUGCUUCACAUUUCGAGCCGCAGUGCCCAAUGCCUCUUCUAACUCCGGCGUAUUAUUGCUUGUAAUAAAGCUGUACAUUGAUUUAUUCCUUCCAUUAUUCCUCCCCUCGGAUUUUGUAUUGCUCGAGUUCUCUUCCUUUUCAUAAAGAUGAAGCUUUAUUUUAAAUCAGUUAUAUGACAUGAUUAAUCUUAGUGUUUACUGUAUGGCACUUGGUAAUGAUUAGUUAGUAGCGUGGCUAUGAUUUUCUGGUUUCAGUCCCAAAUGUGUAUUAAUAAUAAUUGCAAAUAAUACUUAAAAAACCCCACAACUUCACAGGUUUUUAAGCUAAUGCAUUCCAUCUUUUUUGUGUGACUCUAUGCAUUUUGAAUGAGUGUAGAUACGAGUUUGCAUAAAAUAUUUAAUUUAAAUAAAUAUGUUUUUAUACGAUGAUUGUUUUAUGAUUUAAAUUGCUGUAGCUAUUGACAAAUUUUUCAAAACAGAAACAUUUCCUGUGUGAGUGCUAUUUUUUUAAUUUUUUUUUUGGUUGGUAUUUUCAGCCAAACUUUUCUACUUC